AUGGGCGGCCCCAAUCUCGAAGUCUUCAAGUUCGCCGUGUACGUGUUCUUCCCGGUGGUCAUGCUGGUGCACUUCGGCAACCCGGAGUGGUAUGCGAACAACGUCCUCCCGUACAAGGACAGGAUCUUCCCACCGGAGUCCAGGAUUAACACCAACAUCCCCUCGGACUCUACGACGCUCAAGGAGGAGCUCGCGAAAAUCAGGGCGCGGAACUUUGAACGUAAGGCGCAGCGGGAAGCGGAGGAG